UCCUUUAAAGCUUUACAAAUGGCUGAAGAAAAUUCUGGAUCUUUUUUGCUGCUGUUGAAAAAACAAAGGAAAAAAGUUGCAUCUACGCUGUUGCAAAUAAGCAUCAUAUUAUUAGCAAUAGUCAUUGGACUCGAUGAUUGGUCAACAAACCAGUUUGGAAGACAAGGUCUUUGGCACCAUUGCAACGACAAUGGAAGUUAUCUCUGUUGUUACACAAUAGAUUCGUUUAUAUCAACGAUGUCGAACACAGAAAAGGUUACACCAGGUUGGAUAAAUGCAGUGAGAGUUCUUUUGAUUUUGGCAUUUUGCAUCAUACUGAUCGUAUUUAUUGUGAUAUUAGUCGAAGCAAAAAAGAAGUUUUGCAAAAGGACUCAUCCAAAAGUUGCAAGCGUUGCAAUCAUACUAUUUUCCACCUUGUCAGCAAUAUUUAUUAUAUCUGGAGCCUCUGUGUACGCAGAUCAUUAUGAUGAAUAUGACUGGACAGCGAACUACUCAAAUAAGCGUCCCUCUUUUAUUUUGUGCUGGAUAUCUGCUGUAUUUGUAUCAGCCGCAGCAGUUGUGACUGUGUUUAACACAAAAAAACAUUUUACCUCUUCCAAUAAUCGAGUUGGAUCAGAGAGCAACCAGACACAAGUUCAAGAAAUGAGCCGGGCUGAACCAUCUGCACCUUUCGCAGCAUCGAAUGCUG